AUGACUCUUGGAAUAUCUAUUCCUUCCCCAAUGACCAGGGGAUCUCCUUCCUCCGACGAUUCUUCUCAAGUUCACACUCCAGUUUCACCAAUUUUCGCUGAACCUUCUCAGCGUCACUCCACCGCUGCUGAACCCAGCUCACGACUUGCAAACGGUGGUAACAAGCGCAAAUCUACUCGUCGCGUCAACACUGCCGAACGCCGUGCCACUCACAAUGCAGUCGAACGCGCGCGCAGGGAAACUUUGAAUGGUAGAUUUUUGGAUCUUGCUGCUCUUCUACCGAAUCUCUCCCAAAUUCGCCGCCCAUCGAAAUCCGCUAUCGUAAAUUCUUCUAUCGCGCAUAUUCAUGCCUCACGCCGCCAUCGUUUACUCGCUUCACGAGAGCUUCGAACUCUCAAGCUCGAGUCUGAUGCUCUUCGACGAGAACUGAACGACUGGCGUGAUCGAGCUGGUAUUCCUCGCAUUCAGGAGCCUCAAAGGGGUGAUGCUUUCAGUACGAUCCUUAGUGGAGAGAUUGAAAUCUUGCCCAUUCCUGAUGCUGAUGAGGAAGAAGGUGAAUACAUGUACGGUGAUGAGGAAGGUGCAGGUGAAGGUGCAGUGUAUGCCACAGGUGGAUCUCCAGAAUUCGCUGCUCCCCCUCCCCCUCAAAUGAACACGAAUGUCUCUCAACGUACUCCAUCGAAUGGUUAUGACCUUUCGAUAGAACAGCAGCAAAUGAUGCGUCGUGCUGCAGCGCCGAUGGUGGCUUCUCCUAGUGGAAUGGUUGUGGAAAACCCUGUUAUGGGGAUGAUAUACAAUAAUAACAUGGGCAGUGGUCCUUAUCCUGCAGUCUCUUUCGCCCCAGACUUGGACCAGAACAAGUGGAGACCUAGCGUCAACGAGCAAGGCAUUAUGGCUUCGGUCUCCCGUCGUAGCUCCAUCGCUACGUCGGAUGUACGAAGGAACCGUGAUAGGGCAAUGAGCACGAGUACUACUGGCUCAAGUGGUGGUGGAAGCCCAGCACAUAUGGCGUAUUAUGACCCCGGGUGGAAUGCUACGAUGGGGGGUAUGGCUCCGAACAUGGGUGCUAAUAUGGGUGCUAUGAUUACGAAUGGAAAUAUGGGAAACGGUGGUGCGUAUUCGACUGUCAUGUAA